CGCUUCAGAUCGCGGCUGAUGCCCGUGGUUCGAAGUUGACUAAUGGCGUUGGAAGCAUCAGGGAAUCCGGGGCACUGGGAGCGUGAUCGUAAAGUCAUGAAGACCCUGCUGACGAUUGCCUGCCUGGUCGCGGUCGUCGCAACUUUAGAGGAUGAUCAACUCACAGUCACUGAACAAGUGUACCUAGACAUCAUGAUUGACGAUCAUCCAGCAGGAAGAAUCGUGGUCGGCCUCUUCGGAGACAUUGCUCCGAAAACCGUAAGGAAUUUCGUUGCUCUCGCGACGACCGGCGUCGCAGGUAAAACGUACAAAGGCACACGGUUCCAUCGGGUUAUCAAGAAAUUUAUGAUCCAAGGUGGUGACAUCGAAAAUGGCGAUGGCACUGGAUCCAUCAGCAUCUAUGGCAAAUACUUCGACGAUGAAAAUUUCUCUGUGGGUCACAAUGGACCCAUGUUCGUCAGCAUGGCGAAUAGUGGGAAGAAUACUAAUGGCUGUCAAUUUUUCAUCACUACUAUCCCAACACCCUGGUUGGAUGGACAUCAUACUGUCUUCGGAAAGGUCGUCAAUGGCGAGGACGUAGUCUUCAAAAUUGAACAGUCGAAGACUGACGCUGACGAUUAUCCAGUGAAACCUAUUGUUAUUUUCGACUGUGGCACCCUUCCAACGCCUUCGCGAUUUACCGUGGCUGACAAUAACAGCUACAAUAUAUGGUCAUGGAUAAAAGCAACGUUCAUUCCUUUGAGCUUCAGUUUCUCUAUCCUCGGCUUCUUCCAUUGGAUGAUGAAGCAACUGGACGUGUAACCGCAGCGAACACUCGAUCGAGUUUUAAAAUAUCGAGGGAAUUGUCUGGACGUGUUCGAACGGUUGCAACCGCAGGCGUUUGCUUGCUCGAUACAGAAGCAGCGUCGAUCUGUCCAACGAACACUGAGCGACAUCUAACACUGGAUCGAGGAAUUCAUUAUCGAACGAUUCGCAUAAGAACGUUAUUCUAUCAUUUUUCAAUCGAUAUACCAACGAAUUUAUUAAUCUACAAAUUUGUUCUGAAAGUUUCACUUUACAGUAUAGAUUGCUGUGUUUUAAUUAGUAUGAUAGUUUUAAGUAAAGUUAAGAAAGUGCCGUUCUGAGCAAUACAUUAAUGCUCCAAUUGACUAAAUUCAUUUAUGAACUUUAUUCAAUUGUGUAAGAAUUAUUACAAGACGUAAAAUAAUUCAUUUUAACUUCGAUGUAAGUUUAUCUUAAAACUAGAUGAAUCAGCUGAUAAUUUAUCAGGCAGAAGUUUCAGUAGAAAUAAAAAUACAAGCUAAUAACGUUCGUAGUACACUGAUGCGCUAUUAACGAGGGCUUAAAGUGUUCUACUACGUAACUUCUUUGUGUUAGUGUCCAGGUACAAAUCGAAUCAAUCGGUAAUUCAUCACGUAAACAGCUAACGCGACUCGACACGGCAUUGUAUCAACGAUCUCAGUGCACCAACAAGCGUUCAAUGACAGUCUGCGAGUGUAUAUGCCUAUAGAAGAAUUCAUCGAAACAAGAAUCCAACAAUACUUUUAUCAAUUACUAUCUAUAAGAUUAUAGUUUAUUUCUCAAAGAAAUUAAUCCCUAAUAAAAGGCAAUUAC